AUGGUGACCGACUCAAAGGACUCCACGGAGCUGAAUGAGAUCCGUACGAGCAUCGACAAGCCGAGCAUCAAGGAUCUGGACAAUGUCAAUCAAGAGCAAGCGGCAUACUUCUCGGACUUCGCGACAAAAGAUGAAGAAUGGGUCGAAUAUCAGAACAAGAAACUUCUGCGAAAGGUCGACGCUCAUUUGCUCCCGCUACUGAUCCUGAUGUACCUGUUCAACUUUCUGGAUCGCAGCAAUCUGGCUCAGGCACGACAGGGAACGCUGGAGGCGGACUUGGGCAUGAAAGGGACAGAUUUCAACUUGGCCACGUCAAUCUUCUUCAUCGGUUAUCUUUUGAUGCAGCUGCCUUCGAACAUGAUCAUCACCCGAGUCCGCCCGUCGCUUUAUCUGGCAGCAGCAACUACACUUUGGGGCGUGGUCUCAACUUGCAAUGCAGGCGUUCACAGCUUCAAGGGCUUGGUCGUAGUGCGUUUCUUCCUUGGAUUUGUAGAAGCUCCCUUCUUCCCCGGUGUCAUCUUCUUGAUGAGCUCUUGGUACACUCGAGCUGAAUUGACAAGACGUGUUGCUUGGUUCUAUGCUGGAAGUUCGUUAGCGAACAUGUUUGGCGGUUUAUUGGCCGCCGGAAUUCUGGGCAAUUUACAUAAUGCACAAGGAAUUGCAGGAUGGAGAUGGCUAUUCAUCAUCGAAGGGACUAUCACUAUCGCUGUCGGCUUAUGUGCCGGCUUCUUCUUGCCUGACUAUCCAGCCAACACACGAUGGCUGAACGAAGAAGAGAGAGCGUUUGCAGCAUGGCGACUUCUACAAGACAUCAACGAAACCGACGAGACUCGCUCCUCCAGUGUCUGGGAUGGCAUCAAGAUGGCACUCAAGGACUACCGACUCUAUCUGUUCACUCUGCUGCAGCACAUGAACUUGCUAUCUCAGACAUUUCAGUACUUCUUCCCGAGUAUUGUUGCUACUCUAGGCUUCGGCAGCAUUGAGACUUUGCUGUUGACAGUGCCUGUCUGGUUCGCUACCUUCCUUACUUCCGUUGUCGUCACAUUCACGGCCUCCAAGACCAAGGACCGCUCGAUCCAUAUCAUCGUGCUCAUGCUUGUUGCCGCAAUCGGCAACGCCAUCGCCACAGCCACGACAAGCCUCGGGGCCCGCUUCUUCGCCAUGUUUCUGAUGCCAAUGGGAGCCAUUUCGGCUUUCACCAUCAUCGUGCCAUGGAUCGCCAACUCCUUUCCUCGACCUAUGGUCAAGAGAUCUGCUUGCGUUGCGAUCGCCAAUAUGAUUGGAAAUACAGCUUCGGCAUACGGCAGCUACAUGUAUCCGAGCUCGGCAGCACCGCAAUACAUCCCUGGAGGCAGUGCGAACGCCGCCAUUAGUGUUUGCGUAGCGCUUGUAGCACUGCUCCUGCGGGUCUUGCACCAACGAGAGAACAAGAAGCUAGAGAAGGCAGAGCUGGAAGCCGCUCAAAGUGGCGAGGCAGCGGAGGAGCAGGACAGAAGAGGAGUUGGAUUCAGAUACGUGUACUGA